AUGUUUACAACACAACCAUCAACGGAGUCUCAUACUCCAUACAGUACCACAACAGAAAUGUCUACAACACAACCAUCAACAGAUUCUAGUACUCCAGACAGUACCACAACAAAAAUUUCUACAACAGAUUCUAAUACUCCGUACAGUACCACAACAGAAAGUCCUGAAGCACAACCAUCAACAGUUUGCAAUACUCCAGGGUGUACCACAACAGAAGUACAUACAACACAACCAUCAUCUGGUAGUAAUAUUCCAGAUAGUGCCACAACAGUAUUUCCAACAACACAACUAUCAACAGAUUCUAAUCCAGACAUUACCACAGCAGAAAUUUCCAGAACCCAACCAUCAACAGAUUCUAAUACUCCAGAGAUAAUCACAGGAGACAUUUCUACAACACAAUCAUCAGCAGAUUGUAAUAUUGCCGAGAGUACCGCAAAAGAAAUUUCCACAACGCAACCACCAACAGAUUGUAAUGAUUCAGUGUGUACCACAACAGAAGUUUCUACAACACAGUCAUCUACACCAAACUGUGACACUCCAGAAUGUAUCACAAAAGCAAGUUCUCCCACACAACUAUCUACUCCUGAGAAUACCGCAACAGAAAUUCUUGCAGCCCAGCUAACAACAUCAGACUGUAGUACCCCAGAGUGUAUCGCAGCAAGUGCUUCUCUGACAGAACCUUUUACACCAAAUUCUGAUAUCCCAGGUAGUACCACAGCAGAAAGUUCUACAACACUAUCAUCAACAGAUUGUAAUAAUCCAGUGAGUUCCGCAAGAGAUCUUUCUGCAACGCAGCCAAAUGUCUCAGACUUCAAAACCCCAACGAGUGCCACAACAGAAUUUACUACAACACAGCAACAUACACCUAAUUGCGAUACUCCAGAGAGUACCACAACAGAAUUUUCUGCCACACAGACCUCUACUGAGUAUAAUACUCCAGAGAGCAUCAUAUCAGAGAGUUCUACAACACAGCCAACUACGCUAAAUUGUGAUACUCCAGAGAGCACUCCAGCAACAAAUUCUGUCACACAUUCAUCUACAGAUUAUAAUACUCCUGAGAGUACCACAACUGUAAGUUUUCCAACACAACUAACUACAGCAGCCUAUACUACUCCAGAGAGUAUCACAACUGAAAGUUCAAUGCACUCAAAUACUCCAGGUUGUGGUACUCCACUGGGUACCCCAGCAGAAAGUUCUACAACACAGCCCACUAAAUCUGAAGUUAAUACUCCUGAUAGGACCAUAAUAAAAUCUAAUCCUGCAACUUUUCUUACCUCAGAGAGUAUUAUGAUGACAGCCGUUACACUGCAGCCAACUACUCCUGAAUAUGUACCACGUCAAUCUACAAUAGAAUAUGAUACUGCAAUGAGUAUUGUUACGCAACCAAAACCUCCUGAUUGUAUUUCAUUCAAGAUUACACAGCCACAAGAAACCAACGAGGAAAGGAGCAGUGUACGACAGUCAAGUACAUCUGAUGGUAACACUGUAAGGAGUACUCUACCCAAACAAACGAGUCCAGAAAGUAAUAUAGCUAUAACCACUAAAAACGAGCCGGUUAUAUCAGAACGAGGUACUCUGAAGAGCACCACACCACAGUCUACUAUUUUAGAAGUCAAUACUCCAAAGAGUACAACAUUAGAGACAACUAUAGCAGAAUAUAUUACAUCAAGGAGUUCUGUAUUACCACAAACUACACAGGAGUAUCAUACAUCAAAGAGUACAACAUCACUGCCAAAGACACCAAUAUGUAAUACAUCAGUGAGUACUUUGGAGAAUACUCUGAAAGAAAAUAAUAGCACACCUGAGAGCACUCCGCAGCUAAGUACACAUAACUAUAGUGCCCCAGGAGGGACUAUGACAUGGAAAGAAAUCCCUCCGUCACGGCCCUCUACCCACGAGUAUAUGGAGUAUGUAAAAGAAGCGAGCUCUACUCCUGAUGUAGGGAGUAGCUCAGGGAAGACGAGUACUAUGCGGAGUAUUUCAUUAGCACCAGAUAUGCCAAAAUGUAAUUUCUUAAGACAUAUAAAACCUCAUCUAAUCGCACGACGCCAUAAUGAAGCAACGUCGAGAAAUCCAAGUAAAAUGGCUGCUCCAGGUUUGUAUAGUGAAGUGCUCAUGUUGUUGUUGAUGAUGAUGAUGUUGGUGAUGUUAGUCUUGUGCUUGAUUUUGUUUUUGUUGAUGGCGCAGAAUAUUGUUGUUGAAGUUGUGUUAGUAGAAGAUUUAGUUGAAUGA